UGCAAAGCCUUGUGUGGUUGAGUGAUGUCGUUCAUGGUGAAACACAUGAUAGGGGGACAGCUGAAGGAUCUCACCGGGGGUCUUGGAGAAGAGAAGGCUGAAGGGGAGAAGUCAGAGGCGUCGGCCAUAGGGAUGACACAGGAGGAGUUUGAGGAGUAUCAGCAGCAGCUGGCAGAGGAGAAGGUGGAGCGAGAAGCCAACUUUGCACAGAAGAAAGCAGAGAGAGCCACAGUCAGGAGCCAUUUUAGGGAAAAAUACCGACUGCCCAAGAGUGAGCUGGAUGAAACACAAAUACAGGGCGCAAGCAAGGAUGUGGAACUGCCCUCAGAGCUGGCUAAAAUGAUCGCAGAGGACAACCAAGAGGAAGAGCACAAAGAGUCUUUCCUGGGUCAGCUCAAAAGCUUACAGGAUGUUGAUAUGGACCAGCUGAAGGACAAAGCACAGGCCACAUUCGUAGACCUCAAAGAGACAGCCGAAAAAUGUGAAGUAAUGUGAUUGAGGCUCUUAAACACUUUAAAUCUCAGGAUAAAAGAGCUAAUCUGACUUAUUUCUAUUAACUCUCCAUAUAGUAAUCUCAUAUUUAAGCAUAAACAGCACAUUCCUUACACUUAGCCUAUGCAAAU